GCGGACCGUCCGGCAAAUUCCGCCUCCGGUUGUCGUACCAUCUAGUUCGCAACAACAACAGCAGCAGCAGCAACAACAACACCAACAACAGCAGUCGGUUCAACAUCAGCAGCACAGACAGCAACAUCAUCAUUCCAUCCAUCGACAGCGUCAAGAGCCGAGCCCGCCCUCGGUGGCCGCUUCCUCUUUCGUUUUGCCGUCGUCGAUGACGCAGACCCCCAGCAUGCAUCUGCUGGAGAACAAUAACCUGGUGGAGGUUGCGAUGGUUCAACAGCAACAACAGUCUCAACAGCAGAUGCAGAUGCAGCCACAGAAGCAAAAGCAGACCAGCCCGACGAACAACAACACCAUCGAGGCUUGGAGAUCCAUUCAAGGUGGUCACCAGUGGUGGAGUCCGCCAAGUACCGUUCAUCAAGAGCAACAGCAGCAACAGCAAGUGUCGCCUCUCGGUCAGCAAGUCCCUCAGUCGCAGAGUCUGGUUGCUGGCACGGUAUGCGGUCAAGUACAAAGACAGUCGCAGAUUCAAUCGGAAAUCGAUCAGCCUUUGGACUUUUCGGUGGGUUCCCUUCAACAACAGAGGCUACAUUCUCGCGUAAGGACUAUACACGAGAGACUGCAGAGUAGGAUGCACGACAAUAAUAACGGUACAGCCGGUAGCGGACAGAAGAUCGUCAGAGGGACUGGCAGCAGGAGAAGUUUCAGUCCCAGUGAUGGUAGCAGCAGCAGCAGCGAGGACGAAGGGGUCUCCACCGGCGGGAGUCCUUCUGGCCCCCUUCGAGGCACCGAAAACGACUCGUGCGAGCAGCCGGUUGCGGAUCGGCCUUACGGUAAAGUUUGGAUAGGCGAUAACGAGGUCACGUGGCGGACCGAACAGUCUUUCAAGAGGACCUCACCCUUAAAUCCUUGUACCACCACGACUACUACGACAACGACAGGUGGCGGAGCACCGGCACACCCCCACCUGUCACCACCUAUUGCCGCCCCCGUAACCACUCCCGAUCACAGAAGUCCCAGCAGUCUGCACGUGAAACUCGGUAUUUCUCCUGCCAGCGAUGCGCUCGGCCGAAUCGAUAAGGAGCCAACCUCGCCGGAAUCCAUACAAGAUGCAGACCUUCAUGGUGAGGUGGAUGGACCCGAUCUCAGCGGUGACGAUAGGAGUAUCACCAGUGAUAUUCAAGAUGCCACUGAGGCGAAUCUCGAUCACGAUUCCAUGGACUCGGAUAGGGAAGCUCUCAAUCUGGUCACAGACGUGUCGCACCGCAACAGCAGUAGCGGAACCAGCGGCAGCGCCUCCUCGCCUAGUUCCGGGGUGAGCAGCCAAAUAACCGGAAGUCACCAACAACAGCAACACACGGCAGGCCAGCAGAAUAGCAGCAACUCGCAAGCUGCCCUGGCUGCCCAACUAGUCAGCCAGCAAUUGCUGAUGCACGGACCUCUUGGUGCUCUCGGACCACAGGAGAUUCAGGCAUUGGCUUCGACGUUUCAGCAACAACAACAUUCGCUGCAGCAACAGUUGCAGCAGUUGGCAAUGUUUCAACAAGCCAACUCUGCUGCAGCGGGCCAGCUUCCGGCUCAGGCGCAGUUCUUCUUACAAAACCAGGGGCUGUUGCAGGGCGGUGGCUACUCCUCAAGAUCCAGUCAUCCGCGCUCACAGUCCAUGCAGGUGCAGCAGGCAGUAGCGCAGGCAGCCCAGCAACUGCAAGCUCUGCAGAAGCAGCAAGCUCUUCAGGGUAGCGGAGGUCUAGUUGGUCGAAGUUUAGGGCAACAAAGGUCACCACCGCCACCUGGCACGCCUCCAGCGGUGAAACCACCUCCUCCGAGGCUUGAACCAUCGCCGGAGGAGACUACGGACCUCGAGGAACUGGAACAGUUCGCCAAAACCUUUAAACAGAGAAGAAUCAAACUCGGCUUCACCCAAGGCGACGUUGGCCUAGCUAUGGGCAAACUUUAUGGCAACGAUUUCUCUCAGACGACGAUCUCCAGGUUCGAAGCAUUAAAUCUUUCUUUCAAGAACAUGUGCAAACUGAAACCUCUCUUACAAAAGUGGUUGGAAGACGCGGAUAAUUCGUUGAACAACCCGAAUUCUCUUUCGAAUCCACUUACUACACCGGAAGCUAUCGGCAGGCGGCGGAAGAAGAGGACGUCGAUAGAAACCAGCGUGAGAGUUGCUCUGGAGAAAGCGUUCGUACAAAACCCGAAACCUACUUCUGAAGAAAUUACCGUAUUAGCAGACACUUUAGCCAUGGAAAAGGAAGUUGUUCGGGUGUGGUUUUGCAAUAGACGACAAAAAGAGAAAAGAAUCAAUCCGCCAACAGCAGCAAUGGGCAGUCCAACAAUGGCGUCCCCAGCACCAUCAGUCUUCGCAUCACUCGCAAGUUCCAUGUCCGGUAGUCCUCUAGCUCUCACGACGCACUCUUCAGGCAUGGGACACUCUCAUCCUCACCCCACACCCCUCGGUUCACCAUUACCCUUGGCUCUGGUGGCUUCAGCAGGUGGAAACUACCACCCACUAAGUGGCAAGUCCCACGAGUGACACCAGCAGCCCACCCAUCAAGGGGACGCGCUUUUUCACCAACACCAUCAACAGCCAUCACAUCAACAACAACAACAACGACGUUUGUGCAAUCUACCUGAAUUCUAUCACUAAUCCGUCAGCUAGUCCAUCGUUGGCGAUGAUUCAGUGACUAUCUAGCGAACGCCCGUUACCAAAGGGAAUUUGACGCGAUGGAACCGACAGGAUCGAGCAAUAUACGGUCAUGGGAAUGGAGCAGAGAUUUUGGACUGUUAGCUGACUUCACGAUACAAUUCGAAACAUAUCUUGGUGUCGAGAGAUUCCAUUUGGAAGAGAUUAUGUCAGGAGUGGAUGCAAUCUUUAAUUAUGGAUUGUUAUGAUCAAUCAAUUCUGAAGGGAAGAGGAUGAUCAGAGGAGGAAUUAUCAAGGUAUAUCUAUCUUAUAAAGAGUAUACGAGUAACGGAGAGGCAUUAUGGAAAGGCAUCAAACAUGGAACGCCAUAAAGAGACUCUUAGGUAAAAACUUAAACUUCAAGAAAUGCAGUGUAUCGUCCAAAGACAUCGAUUUAUCGAACAUCGUGUUUCGUUGAACGUUUCGUGUUUUUCUCACAGUAUUAUGUUUAUUGGCUGGAUUAUUCGGUUGGAAGCGUUGAUUGUAGUGAUGACGAUAUCGCGCGGAACGAAGUCUUCGAAACUUAUGUGAUUAUUAUACAUUGUAUAUAAAAAUACUGCAAUUUUUCCAACUUGAAAUAUGCAUUUGUUUCAUUUGAAGAAAUUGAAGAAACGAUGAUACAAAUUACAGACUAAAUUUGAAUUCAAUCAGAAUUCAAAAUAGCUUUGAGGUCUUCAUUCCCGCAUAGCAAAUAGUGCAGGAUCGUUGCCGCCAUUCGACAUUUAUUUACAAGAUGUAAUUAACGACGCGAAUAUAACCGGCCGCGAACCGUCAUAAAACAGUACCUUAAUCGGUUUCUGCAGUUUCUCAUUUGAAUUAUCAUGAAAUAUUUAUCAUGGGGGGAAUCGUUCGACGAUACCUGUAAUUAUCGACUGGUUUUCCUCUGCGUCCUUCGAGUUUCCUUUUGCCCAUCGGGCGAUUCAACGUCGCUUCGAUCACGCACUACAUUUCGUGCGUGCUGUUUCACGAUCUCGAAGAAUCCGAGAAUUGAACUUUUCGAAAUCGUGAAGCCACCGGAGAAAGACAAAAGAAUAGAGUCUUUAAAUUUUUCACGAGCAUUCGUCCAACGAAUCACGACGGAACACAUGAUCGAGAUUACAACGAACAACGAGAGAACACAUGAAUCGAACGUGUUAAAUCUUCCUGCCGUUUUGCUGAAUUCGUGGUGUCGCGAUCGACGGUUCCUUCGAAGGGGGCAAACACUUUUUACAAGUACUCGCCUCUUCGUGGUAAGCAGGGUUUACGUGCCACUUACAAGGGAGUCUCCAAUUCCUCGAGAGAGAAAGUUCGUCUAUUACUAAAGAAAAGAAGCACCAAGUUCGUGGAAAUGUUCACUGCCACUCAGAAAUAAUAAAAAAUGGUAGAUUCUAAUUUCUUCUAAUGAAAAUCAAUGAUUAAUCGACAGUUUGGAUUUCGUGAAAACAACCAUUCGCUUAAUUUCAUCAAGUAAAAAAAAUAUUAUACAAUUCAGACGAGCUUUUGAUCUUCAAGUUUCAAGUUCCCUUUGAGGUGGUGAACAUGCGGUGAGGCCCGACAAUACGAUUGUACAUAAUUACGCAUACGUGUGCGUGUCUGUCUUCAUACAUAUCUGUGUCAUAAAUUUGUAUAUGUAGGCAAAAAAAAAAAAAAAGGAGGAGGUAAAAUACAAAGAAACGUGCGGGCCUAAUAAUACCGUGAAAACAAAGACUAGAGGAGAAUAUGGCUCGUACAUCGUCAUCGAC